AUGACCCAUAACAAAUAUGAUCCAACAAUGAAGAAAGGAUGGGAAAAUCUAACAAUUAAAAUAGGCAAAAUACAAACUGAAUCAAACUACAAUGUGUACAAAAAUAAUAAUCAACAAGAAGGGUUAAAAGGAAUAGAAAAAGGAAAGAAGAGAGAAGGAGUCUCAAGGGUCUGUAGGGGAGGGGGAACUCAUGGUGGCCUAAAAGCAGGGCCAGCGAUGGUCGUCAGCAUAGCGACCUGGGACCCCAACGAGGCACUUCGCAGCAUUGCUGGCUUGGUGCGACGGUCAGGAGGGGAGGAGAAGAAUGGCAAAGGGACGACCACAAUGGUUGCAGGCGGGAUUGGAAUUCGGCUGCGACGAGAUUCAGAGGGGAUAAAGACCGGCUGUGGUGAGGGAUUAGUGGCGUGGCCAGAAGUUGGCUGUGCAACAUGGCUAGGGCUUUGGUGGUUUACGACAAUUGGGUUGCGGUGA